UACGCUAUAGGAAAAUCCGCGAUGUUCAGUUGAAAUCCUGAUCAAGAUGCGAAGAGUAUGUAACUACUUCAGUUUUCUGCUACUCAAUUAUUGUGCAUUCCCAGACAACGAUCGUGUCAUCGUCGGCAGAACGCACGCGAAGAACGAGUUCGAAGUGAUCCACCAGUGGCAUUUCCUGAAUUACACAUGGCCGACCUCCUUGACCUACAACUAUGCUUUCAACAACAUCCACUACAUACCGGAAAAUAACGCACCGACUGGCAUCAAAAUCUAUGGAGGAAAAAUAUUCCUUUCCAUACCGAGAUUUCGACCUGGUAUACCUGCCACACUAGCUUACGUUUCUAUGAUUGAUGGAGGCACAAGAACCAACGAACUGCUCCAACCUUACCCCAACUGGGAGCUGAACAUCAACAGGAACUGUGAGGCACUGCAAAGCGUGCAGAGUAUGGAAAUUGACAGACAAGGAUACAUGUGGGUUAUAGAUGGUGUGAGGAUUAAUGAAGAAACCCAAUGUCCUGCUAAACUUCUCAUCCUGGAUUUGAAGAACCAUGGAAGGAUGGUACACAGACAUAUAUUCCCCAAUGAGAUCGCUCUUGCCAAAGGAGGAUUCUUGAACGAUUUAGUUUUGGACGAUGUUGGAGGUGGAUACGCUUAUAUAACUGACAACAGUGCUAUAGAUCCAGGAUUGAUAGUGUAUUCCCUCAAAAAGGAUAGAUCUUGGAAGCUGAGAGAUCCAAGAAUGUUCGCAGAACCACAAGCAGCAGAUUUUAUAGUAAACGGUAUACCAACCACAAAUUUAUCCCCAAUUGAUGGUAUUGCCUUAUCACCUUCUCGCCACAACAAAGAAAAAGAACUAUUUUUCUGUGCUCUCACUGGGCUGAAUCUUUAUUCUAUAGAUACAAGCGUCUUGAGGAAUGAAUCCAUGUCAAGAAGUGACCAGUGGCGUAAGAGAAUUAAUUUAAUUGGACAAAAAGAAUCUCAAAGUGAUGGUUUGAUUAUUGAUAGCAGUGGGAAUCUUUACUACACCCUUCUGCCUUUGAACGGUAUAGGACGUUGGAACAUCAAAACGCCUAUAGCUACAUCUGAAAUAAUUUUCAAGAACGAUAAAACUAUGAUUUGGCCUGAUACGUUCGCUAUGGACGAAAAGGGUUAUCUAUAUGUGAUUUCAAACAAUAUUAAUCAGUUUAUUAAUCCUAAUUUUAAAGUGGUAAUAACUGAUGAAGUUAAGUUUAGGAUUUUCAGAUAUUUCACUGGGACCAAGAGCUAUAUGUAUUGAUGAAAAAUGAUAAUAUUUUAGUUGAUAGUAAAGGUGGAGAAUUCUGUCAUCAUUUUGCACUAGUUGUGAUAAUGAAGAUUCUUCAAGAAUACUAAUAAGCAUCUACAAAUAAUUAUAGUGAUGCUGUUAUAGCAGGUUUCACAAAACUUUUCUUGUAGGGAUUGUUACGAUUGAAGCAAUUCUAUGAUUAGAUCCUUCAUAAACACAAUCAACGAGUCGAUCGGUCGAUGAAAUUUUGAGAAACCUGCUAUCUAUAGGUAUAUGUUUCUUUCUAUGAUAUGAAUAAAUAUAGUACAUUGUUCCAUUUGAGUGAGAACACAUGAGUAUUAUCAAAAAUACAUAUUUGAUACUUCAUUUCUCACGAAAAAAAUAAUUUUCGUAGUGUUAAUUUUGAUUAUUACUUUCGAUUCAUUCAAGAAUAAAGAACAAUAUUCCAAACU